AUCCCUGGCCUCCUUCCCCGUCUCGCCGCCGCGUCGCCGUCGAUCACUUCCCAGCGCCGCCUCGCCGCAGAUCACUGCCCUGCACAGCUCUCCCCUGCGCCGCCUCGCCGUCGACCACUCCCCUUGCGCCGCCUCGCCGUCGACCACUCCCCUUGCGCCGCCUCGCCGUCGACCACUCCCCUUGCGCCGCUUCGCCGUCGACCCCCACCCUGCGCCGCUCUCCCCAGCGCUGACUGGCCUGCCGAAACCCUCCCUCGUGCGGCCGUUCCCCCAAGCCGCCUCUUCCCCCGCCCAUUCAACGCCACCCUCCCCUGUCGCCGGCUCGCCGCUCGCCCAGCGACCCCUGCUGCCCCACAUCGUCAAAGUGCUGCUAGCCCACAAGAUCGCAGGAACCAUGUCGUUCGCCGGCGUAUCCGUCAUUGCUGGCAGUGGCGGCAGGCUGCCGCGGCUGUCGGCGGAAUCGGACAUGAUCUACUCCGGCUCCAGCGCAGCCAGCAGAGGCAGCUGCUACUAUCACCUGCUUGUGGUGGAAGGUUACUCCCGCAUCAAAGACCUGCCCAAUGGAGGGACAAUCAUGGGUCGCACAUUCAAAGCUGGAGGCUAUCAAUGGGUUCUGAGGUUCCAUCCCAAUGGUUAUGCCCCGGAGGAUGUCGGUUCCAUCUCGGUUUAUCUUGUGCUUGACCAGGAUGUUGCACGGCCCGUGAAGGUGCAUCUCCAGUUUAGUUUGGUUGAUGAGGUUAGCAAGCAAGAUCAAGCAUUCAUCCGUGCAAUCAAAGCGUGCGACUUCUCUGGCAGUGGCUCUACUUGGGGCCGCAGUUGUUUCAUAAAAGGAGAGGACCUUGAGAAGUCAGAUCAUCUCAAGGAUGAUUGUUUCACCAUCCGGUGUGACUUCAUCAUCGCCGAAGCUGCUGCUGCUGCUCCCUUGGUAAAGGUGCCGUCAUCUAACAUAAGCGAGCAUCUGAGCCAUCUCUUAGUGACGGAGGUGGGCGCCGAUGUGACGUUCGAGGUCGGCCAUGAGAUGUUCGCCGCCCACCGGUGUGUGCUCGCGUCCCGUUCCGCCGUAUUCAUGGCACAGCUCUUUGGCCCCAUGAAGGAGGGGACCACGGCGGCCGCCAUACAAAUACAAGACAUGGAACCGGACAUCUUCAAGGCACUGCUUGGUUUCAUCUACACUGACUUGAUGCCAGAGAUGGAGGCGGAAAGAGAAGCAGAAGUAGAAGAAGGUGGAGCUGAUGAGGUUACGUGGCUGCGCCACUUGCUUGCCGCGGCGGAUAGGUUUGAUCUCCAGAGGCUCAAGUCGAUGUGUGAAGAGAGGUUGUUGGAGCACAUAGAUUUGAGCUCGGUGUCGGCCAUCCUUGCUGUGGCAGCGCAGCUCCAAUGCUGUGGACUUAAGGAGGCGUGCCUGGAGUUCCUCAAGGUUCAGUCAGCUGCAGACUUGGGACAAGUAAUGGCGACCAGCGACUGGGAGCACAUAGGUGCAACCGAUCACUCCGUUCUGAACCAGCUCAUUGCCAAGCUUGCUUCCAAAGUUUAGUUCGUAACAGUGUCCUCAUGGGGCUUCUGGUACGCAUAAGAGGAUCAAACAUAUGUGCGCAAGGCAUGGAUGGUUUAUAGAUUCAGUUAAGCAAACAUCAAUGUUGAUCUAUUGUCAUGCAUUCCUUUCAUGCAGUGUGAAUCUGAGUACAUACUCCGUACCUUGGCUUCAGCAAUCUCCAUGUUGAUUGAUAAUGCGAUCCUGAAAAUGGCCAGGCCUGGUGAAAAUGCAACAGUGUGAAAAUGUAUCUGUCUAUCUAGCUAUGUGAUCCUGAAAGCUGUCCAAUCUUCAGCUUGAAUUAACGAAUCGGAGGGAACUGUACAGAUCGUCGGUGCCAUUCCUCCAAGCUCCCUCCCGUCGGCAUACUAUUGUUAUGGCAUGACGGCCACCCCCUUGUGGUCGUUGGUGGGGUAUGACGGCUUCUCCAUUGUCGUUGAACAUGUUGAUUGCUUGUUGGUGGCCGCCUCUUGCCGCACGAGUGGUUCCACCUGUCCUGCAGGAGGUAGAUGAGCACCAUGGUGGAGACCUUGGAGAUGAGGAGCACCGUCUAGAACCUGAUUCUCCUGCGGGUCCUCUCCCGGGUGUGUGGAGGUCGAUGUAGACGGUGGCCACUCCCACCACACACACCACCACUCCCAUCAGCCAGUGCGUCAGGUACCACACGCUCUGCGCCUUUACGCCCAUGGAUAUAUAUGCCAACAAACAUCAGAGGAACACAAAUUCUGAUAGAAACAUCAAACUUGUUAAUCUUGUUCGUGUAUUUGCUUGUGUACUACAUGCAGGGUUUAUCUCAUGUAGUUGCAUUUUAACGACCUUUAUAUCUCCACAAUAUUCCUAAAAUCAAUGAAGAAAAUGUUAGUCGCCUAUUCACUCCCCUCGACUCACCCCCUUGGUCGACAUCAAUGAUCUUUCACAUCCAUCGGUUGUCACAUCCUCCUAGUCCUAGCAAUUAGAUCUAGCUUGUUAGUUUUGGGACUAUAAAAAGAGCAAAAAAAUUGUCACGACAUCGUAACUAAGGGGUAAAGUAUGGGAAAAAAUAAUACUAUAAAAGCUAUCACAAGAUGACAACUGUGAGGUAUAAAAAGAAGUAUAAUUUAUAUACUUUUACUUUCUUUUGCUCAUGUUAGUUAUUUUGAAAUGCACUUUCCUUUAUUGUUCACAUUGUUUUGGUUCAUUAUGUCACUAGAAUAAAUUGUUAAACCAUUUUUUUCUUCUAUUAUGUUGUUAUUAUUUUCUAUGACAAUGGACUCGAGCCACAAAUUGUUUUGUGAUCACUUUUUGUACCACAAAUAUCUGUUUUCUACUAAUUUAUGUAUCAGAUAGAAGAUCAAUUUAUGCAUGUAAUACCGUUUCUGAAGCCUAGAGUUUUAUUUAUUUUUCAUGUAUUCACACAUUUUCCUAGUUUAAUUUAAAAUUGUCCCAUAAUUUAGGAUCUGAUAACACUAAAUCCUAUAGAUAACCGUUCAAUAUAAUCCAGUCGGCCCAGAGUAGGUGACCACACUCUCUUUGAGCCCGCUUGCAAAAGCCCAGCAAAGAAAGCAAUGUAAGUCAAUUUGUUAGUAGCAGGUGUCACACUGGCGAUUUCCACU